AUGAUUGAAAGUGAAAAUCUACAUCAAGAAGAAAUAAUUAAAGAACUGUGUUUGUGCAAUGGUUUAUCUUAUGAGAUAGUUGGAAAAGAAGGAUCAAAUGCUUCAAAACUGGAGAUGUUUUUCUCAGGGUAUCCCCGUAUAGUUGGAUUAUCAUUAUUUCCUAAUUUAACAAGUCUUACAAUUGUUGCUCAAGAUAUAAAAGAAAUUUCAGGGUUAGAGACUUGUGUCCUGCUUAAAGAACUUUGGAUUGCUGAAUGUUGUAUCGAGAAAAUUGGAGGUCUUCAAGAAUGUAGAAAUUUGGAAAAAUUGUAUUUAUAUUAUAAUAAAAUUUCUAAAAUAGAAAAUUUAGACAAAUUAAUUAAAUUGCAAGUCCUCUGGCUGAACCACAACAUGAUUAAAAAUAUUGAGGGCUUACAGACUUUGAAGAAUUUAAAUGACCUCAACCUUGCAGGAAAUCUAAUAAGCAUCAUUGGUCGGUGUCUUGACAUCAAUGAACAACUGGAGAAGCUUAACCUUUCUGGUAACCAAAUAUGUUCUUUCAAGGACCUCACUAACUUAACCAGGCUGCCUCACUUAAGGGAUUUGUGUCUGAAUGAUCCUCAAUAUAAAACCAAUCCAGUUUGUCUGCUGUGUAAUUAUUCCACACAUGUAUUGUAUCACUUGCCUUGCCUUCAAAGACUUGACACAUUUGAUGUGUCAGCCAAACAGAUCAAGGAACUGGCAGAUACCACAGCAAUGAAAAAAAUAAUGUAUUACAAUAUGCGUAUAAAAACUGUUCAGAGGCAUCUUAAUGAAGACCUUGAAAAACUGAAUGAUAGAAAAUGCAAAUUGCAGAAAUUGCCAAAAGAAAGAAUAAAAUUAUUCAGCUUUGUGAAAAAAAAUUUGGAACGGGAACUGGCUGAACUCAAAGGAUCUGGCAAAGGGCACAGUGAUAGAUUCAAUAACAAUAAAUUAACUGAGGUUGAAAAGCCAAAAAAUCAUGAAACUGUCACAGAAGACCCAACUCUUCAUCAGAAGAUACUGACCAAACUAAAUGCCUUGACUGAAAGGGUAACAUUCUGGAACAAAAAACUAGAUGAAAUUGAGGCAAUUUAUCGAAUUGAAGUAAAACAAAAAAAGAAAAGUCAUGGCUUAUUGAUCCCAUUUUUGCUAAUUGAGUUGGAGACUGUGGGAAACAUCCAUUUUGAAGAAGGCACUCGAUCUGAUGACUGGUUUAAUUCCUGCUAUGAAUUAAUUCUAUCACGCUUCUGUACAUGGGACUUCAGAACUUAUGGUGUUACAGGAGUAAAAGUAAAACGUGUUAUUAAAGUUAACAACCGUAUUCUGAGACUAAAAUUUGAAGAGAAAUUUCAAAAGUUUUUGGAUCACGAAAGCAUGCAUGAUUCAGAGACUUAUCGCAAGAUGCUAGAGUGCCUUUUUUAUGUUUUUGAUCCUGAAGUUAUGGUGAAGAAAAAGCAUCUGCUACAAAUUCUUGAAAAAGGAUUCAAAGAGAGUGAGACAAGCAAGCUGCCUCUCAGAAAAGAAGCUGUUAUUCUUGCUAAUAGCCUAAGUUUGUGUGAGUGUCCUCGAAUUGAGUUUCUACAGCAAAAAUACAAAGAUGAGAAGAAAAACUCUCUUGAGCAUGAGCUCUUCAGACACGGCAUCCUUCUCAUUACGAAAGUUUUUCUUGGCCAGAGUGUUCAGGCUCGGGAACAAGAAGCUAUCAAUCAAGCCAACUAUCCAAUGGUUAACUCAGUGUUCAUUCCUCGGAAAUAUUUACUAAAUUCUAUUGUGGGACAAAGAAAUUGUGAUUGUGGCUUUCGGCAGUGCAAGUGGUUUGUCUUUGAUCAUGACCUUGUCUUGCCAGAAUACAUCGUUGAAUUUGAGUACAUUACAGUGGUCAAGGCUCACUCUUUAUUUUCUUCAUUCAACAAUGUUAUUCCAGAAGAAAGCAAAAAAAUUUCAGAAGGAUCAAUAUUGUCCCAAGAUUUGAAAGUUGAUGAUGAUGUUAUGAAAAUGGAACCCAAGAUUAAGCCCCAAGCAAAACUUAUUAGUUUGGAUGAUAAAACAAUACUUUCCCUUGCCAAGACUAACAUUUACAGUCAUAUUGUGAGUCUGAAUCUACAUGGAAACAGCUUGAGUAAAUUGAGAGAUCUCUCCAAAUUAACAGGACUUCGAAAACUGAAUAUUAGUUUUAAUGAAUUUACUUGUUUAGAUGAUGUAUACCACUUGUAUAACCUUGAAUAUUUGGAUGCAAGCCACAACCAUGUGAUAACUCUUGAGGGAUUUAGAGGUCUGAUGAAACUAAAGCACUUGGACUUGAGCUGGAAUCAACUAAAGAAAUCUGGGGAUGAAAUAAAUGUGUUAUGUAAACACACCACAAGCCUUCUCACUCUUAAUAUUCAACAUAAUCCAUGGCAAAAGCCAGCCACAUUGAGGCUGAGUGUCAUUGGCAGAUUAAAGACUCUUACACAUUUAGAUGGACAUCUCAUUUCUGAAGAAGAAACAACAGCAGCUAUGAAAUUUAUUACUGGAACAAAGAUUACUCAGCUAUCUAUCUUACGGCAUUCUAGUACCAAAGAGGAGAGACCACGGAUACUUAGUAUCUGGCCUUCUGCCAAAAUUCUGACACAGAUUUCAAAAUUUGGACCACAUUUACAUCUGAAUGGAAACUGGCACUUGAAGAUAACUGCCUUAAAUUUAGAUGGACAACAUCUCUUUGAAAUCACAAAUUUAGAAAAAUUGGAAAAUUUGAAAUGGGCAUCAUUCAGCAAUAAUAAUCUCACUAAAAUGGAAGGCUUGGAAUCCUGUAUCAACUUGGAAGAGCUCACAUUAGAUGGAAACUGCAUCUCAAAGAUAGAAGGCAUUUCCAAGCUAACUAAAUUAACUCGCCUCAGCAUAAAUAAUAAUCUUCUAACUGGUUUGGAAAAACAUGUUUUUGAUAACUUGCUUCAUCUUCACUCUCUUUCUCUUGAGAACAACAGAAUCACUUCAUUGAGUGGUUUACAAAAAACUGUUAGUCUAAUUGAAUUGUACAUAAGCAAUAACUAUAUUGCUCUCAAUCAGGAGAUCUACAAUUUAAAGGGUUUAUGCAACUUGGUCAUUCUAGACGUGUACGGAAACAUUAUUGUAUGGAAUCAAGAAAACUACCGAUUAUUUGUAAUAUUUCAUCUUCCAGAAUUAAAAGCUUUGGAUGGAAUCUCAAUUGAACCACCAGAGACUGAGAGUGCAAAAGAUUUGUUUGGUGGAAGACUUACCUCUGAUAUGAUUACAGAACGACAAGGACAUUCAAACUUUUCCCAAAUGCAGGAAUUAAAUUGGACUUCAUCAUCCAUAAGAACUGUAGAUUUGAUUCCAGUUGACCAAUUUAGAAAUGUGAGUAAUGUGAACCUACAGAACAAUAAUCUUACCUCUUUCAGUGGACUAAUCUAUCUGCCGAAUGUGAAGGUCUUAUGCCUCAAUUAUAAUCAUAUUGAAUCAAUCAUGCCUAGACUAAAGCCUCAGACUCACUUAACUAAUAGACAACUACUUUACCAGAAAGUACCUUCAAGUGGUUAUGGACAACAAGGAACUUCAAAAAUAAAUAGAGAUACAAUGAGCAGUGAAAAUUUACCUCCAAUAAUGCACAGUUUAGAGGUUCUUCAUUUGGGCUACAAUGGAAUUUGUAACUUAAUCCAGCUACAACUUAACAGACUAAGAAAUUUAAAAUUCCUCUUUCUACAGGGGAAUGAAAUCAGUCAAGUUGAAGGGCUAGACAACUUAGCAGUCCUUCAGGAAUUGGUGGUAGACCAUAACCGCAUCAGAGCAUUUAAUGACAGUGCUUUUGCCAAACCAAGUUCUCUCUUGGCACUUCAUCUGGAGGAAAAUAGACUACGAGAGCUGAGCAAAUUGCAACCUUUGGUAAAACUAGAGAAACUCUUCCUAGGAUAUAAUAAAAUCCAGGAUAUCACAGAACUAGAAAAACUUGAUGUCAUCUCUACUCUCAGGGAGCUUACAGUUUAUGGCAAUCCAAUUUGUAGAAAAAUGCUACAUCGUCAUGAGCUCAUAUUUCGACUGCCUAACUUACAGAUGUUAGAUGGAAUUCCUGUAAAUUCAGAAGAUAGAGUAAAAGCUGAAUUUCACUUCUCUGAACUACAAGCAAAGAAAAAUAUGUUUACUCCUGUUACCAACUCUCCUAUGGAUGGUGGAUCAUUCUGCCCAAUGAAAGCAUCUCCCAUUAAAAUAACAAAUGUAAUUCUGCCUGGUGGAUUUAGCCAUUACUUGGGACCCGACUUCACUUUAACUCCUGAAGUUGAAGACAAAAAAGACAAGAAUACAGGGAUCCUGACAAGUAAUCCUCGGAGCAUCCAUGCAGAAAUAGCUUUUCGGCAACUUAGAGGGAUAAAUCUCUCUCCUAAUCUUCUGUCACAUCCUAAUAUUGCAUCUCCAACUGCACAAAUGUACCAGAGCAACCAAAAUGAGGGAAGAAUUCCUGGGAGCACCUUUUCAAGAUCAAAUCGAAUGUAACUGCCUACACAAAUGAACAUAUGCCAGGAAACCUAUUUCUUUUGGGAGUUGUGCAAAAGCUAGCAGACAGUAGUCAGUGAAAAAAAAAAAAAUAAGAGAAUCAUGUUACUCAUGUUACUGAAGCACUUCAGUGCCAACUGAAGAUGAUCUAUCACUCCUGAUGAAUUUGAUUUAAUAUCACCUCUCUUAAACUUUCUUUAUGGUUAUCUUAAUUAUUUGGAUUUCUAUAUUAUAAAAAUCAUGAACUGUUAAUAGCAUUCAAUAAUUUGAAAAAAAUGAAAGUCACAUAAAACAAAAUCCAGAGAAUCAAAUGCCUAGUUCUGAUAUUCAAUUAUUGUCUGUCAUCUGAAAUUAUUAGGAAAAGGUAAUUUUAGGAAAUAAGCACACUUUCAUUCAUAGCAUAUUCAUUUGAAAUUUACUAAAGCAUACAUUGCUUACCAAACACAACCAUUGCUAAAGCUAGUUGUUUGUUACAGAUUUUUAGGAUUAUACCUGGGAGAAAAAAACAAAAAACAACAAAAUCUCUAAAACCAGAUCUUCCCUCAAACUUGUUUAGAGAUGCAAAUAGUAAACAUCAAUACUGGUUCCUCAGAAUGAAAGAUUCUUUUUUUUUUUUUUUUUGUACAAAUUGAAUUGUGUCUACAGGGAAACAAUUUUCAAGUAGUUUGUCUGAAAACAUACGUUCAAACUGAGUGAACAGUUUUGAUCUUUAAUAAUUAUAUUUCACUGGAAAGAAUUUUUUCCUAACCUAUUACAUACCUAAAAUAUCAUAAAUCAAUUAAAUAUGGUUUUAAUUUCUUAAGUACAGUUCUUUAAGUUGGUGACCAAAUUAUAUUUUGAUAUAAAAGGGCUCCAUGAUUCAGAAAGUAUCCUAUUUUUAAAGUAUUGGUUCAAUAUAUAUAUUUCAUAUAGCUUUCAUGAUAUUUCUUUUAAUAAAAAUAAAUUGUUUUUUCCAAAAUGUUUAUACUUUAAUAAAUCUAUCUGGCAAUAAUUUCAAAGAAAUUUUGCAAAGAUAGCAUUCCAAUGUAUAUGCAGUGAUUUUGUAUUUUUCUUCCUCAACUAUUGUAUGUUUGUAAUUUAAUCAUGUAAUAUUUAAAAUUUCAAACCUAAUUAUAGAUUGAUUUUGCCCUUCUUAAUGUGUGGUUUUUAAAUAACUAUUACACAAUGGAAAUAAGGUCCUUUGUUUAAAAAAUAACUAUGCAAUUCUUAAGAUGUCCAGAAGAUGUCUUUGUUGCCCUUUAGUUUUGCAACUGCUUUUAUUACAAUACUGUGACAAUGUCUACACUAUUACUAAGCUGGUAUCAUUUGCUUUUUCUUUUAUGAUUAUAUAUAAUGAAAUGCUGAAUAUAUGUCAUUUUAAUAACAAAAGUAUCUUUAAAUAUGUAAGUGGAAAAGUAAAUAUAAUAAGUUUUCACUGGAGAAAAGUGUUAUAGAAAAGUAGGAAGCAGAAAAAAAUAUACCACAUACAGUUAACAUUUUUGCACAUUUUUAACCAUUUUUCCUAUGGAUUUUUAAAUUAUAUUUGAGAUUUUUCAUUUGAAUUGAAAGUUAGCUCACAUCACUAAAUUGAGAUAUUUUGUAAUUCUUAUAAAUUUUUAAUUACAUCUGAAUUGCUUCUUGAAAAUAAUUUUAAUACAUAAUUUGAUAGCAACACUAAUAAUAAACACAUAUUUAGGCAUUGGUAGGUAUUACACCAAAUAUAACUAUAGACCCAACCUUUAAGAACCUUUUAAUAUAAAUACACAAUUAAGUAUUUUCAUAUAAAAGUACUGAAUGGGUGAUUGUUUACAUGAUUUGGCAUAGCAGUUUUGAAUUUUUUCUGUUACAACAGCAGAUGUUAUUAACAUGGUAUACAACUCCCCUGGAAAUACCUAGAUAGGCUAAGCUAUUAGUAUACACAAUUCAUAAGGCAAAGCUAUACCCCUAUUCCAUCCCUAUUCAACAAAAAAAAUGAAAAUGUUAUUGAAUGUAAGUGAUUUUUAUAGGAGUGAUUUUUAAAUCUGCUCUAAGUGAUUUUAAGUAAAUAAUUCACAAACUGAAAUUUAAGUUAUAGUUACAAAUUAUACCAAACAACUGAUUGCAAAAGUGUUAUAAAUUUACAAACCACUAACCCACAUUUUAAGUGAUUUAUAAUAAUACUAUGAAAUAAGUAUGACAUGUACUAUCUUCACUUACAUAGAAACUGUGACUAUAGAUACAUAUCACACCUAGUUCUACAUUUUUUUCAAUUCCAAAUUCAUUCUUUUUUCCAUUACAAGUUUAUUGGCAAUUAAUUAUUAAUAAUGUGCUGUUUAAUCAUUUAUUGUAGACCCCUAAUGUAUGUAAAGACUGUCAACUAUUCAUUUUCUUCCAGCAUUUAGAUAAAAUAUAUAAUUUCUGUACCUGCAAUACAGCAAAAGUAUUAUUUUUUUGCUUCCAGCAAAUGUCUUGAUAGAUUUAUUUUGCUUGUAAUCAUAUGCAGGAUUUUAUGACUUGUUUUCAAUUUCCAAUUCCACAAACAACCUUGCAAGCUAGAAAUUAGGACACUUUAUAGAUUAGAAGCCUACCAAGCUGAAAUGAACAUAGAUAAUGUCAUACUGAUCUUCUGAUUUCUAUACAUGAAGAUUUAUUAUAAUUAAUUGUUCAAUAAGAUCUUUAUUGCUUACUCCUAUUUUUAUAGCCCUGGAUUUUUCUAUUGGCACAAAAUUAACUAUGGUUGUGAACAUGUUUGUUCUAGAAUUUAGAUUAUACACUGUUAUCUAUGAACUUACACUGCAUGUAUGUAUUUAUAGUCAUUAAUGACUAGUUUUAAAAUAAUCCUGCCAUGUCUUUUUAUCAAAUGUUAUGAGAAUGUUUAAUAUUUUUAAAAAUUAGAGCUUAGUCACUUUCUAGGCUCUUGGUUUCAAUUAAAUGUUACUUACAAAGUAAAUCAUUUAUAGUUCUUUAUGAGUAGAAGCAAGUAUUUAUGGCCAAGUUCCAUUAGUUAUUAAAUAAAUCUAACCAAAUCAAUUUGUUUAUGGAUUAGAAAUUGAUUGGUUUUUCUGAUGCCAUAACUUUUUAUUCAUUUUUCUACACUUCCCUACAUUACUGAAAUAUUUUAAAAGA